AUGGCAGCACCAGCAACAACAACAACAGAACCAACCAACAUCAGUGGUGGUGGCAAUCCCCUGCCACUCGAAGCUAGUUGCGAGGAGUUGCUCGAGUGCCAGUUCAGUUCCUGGUUUCCCACCUUUCGCCAUUUGGACCGGAGUGAUUGUGACGACCGCCGCAGCAACGUGACGAUCAAGUCCCAACUUGUGUCGCCACUUCCUGCCGAUUUUUCCGACUUUUUGCUUGCCGAUGGAAUUCGUUUGCCUGAGGGAGCUACCAGACUGUCUUCCUGUGCUCCCAAUGAACAGGAACAACAGCCUGACGACAGCAGUUGUGACGAUCAGCAGUCCAACGAUUCAGAACAAAAACAAUUUUCCUUUCCGCAACUCAACCAACAAAUCGAAGAGGCCAUAGAAGCAUUAGGAGGAUCGGUGGUGCCCAAGUUGAAUUGGUCGGCGCCCAAAGAUGCCACAUGGGUCAACGAAGGAACGCUGAAAUGCAAGACUCCAGGAGAUGUCUAUUUAUUGCUCAAAAGCAGUGAUUUCUGUCUCCAUGACUGGCAAGUCUUUCAAGAAAACAUUUACUAA